GAAGUACUUGUACUACCCCUUUUACUUGUACAUUUCCACUGCCCCACCCCUCCUGCUGAGGAGUACUUCCCCUUUUGCUUGUGCAUUUAAGCCUUGAGCCUUGCUGAAUACAGUGACACCUUGAUGCUAAUCAGACUGAUCUCCGCGUGUCGUUCCUCGCACUGGGUGUCUGUCUCUCCCUCCCCCGAUUUGGUUCUUAGGAGAAGGGCCGCUCGAGACCCUCGAAUAACUGGACCUGCUGGACGGAUCAAGUGGCGCCAGAUGUGGGGCACGAGGUACGACCACCCUCUGGACAACGGAUUUGAGAGGUACCACGCAGACAGUGAGACAGUUCCCCGCCACUUUGCUUGAGUGUCUCGGACAUCGAGAGCAAACAGAAGUCGAUCUCUGGUGCUUCUCAAGAUGAGCAGGAAGUUGUGUCAGAAGAGAUGGCUCUACUGUGACAUGGUCACCCUACAGCUCCAUGGCAAAGAGACAUGGAAAGAGUUCUUCAUUUACAGAACAUGGCAAGAACACGCCAAGUCCCGGGCAAAGCCAGAAGAUUUCACUUACAAGGAAAUUCCUGUGGAGUUUGGUAUAAGCUUGGGUACUCUAGAAGAGAUACCCCCUUGGUUUUUCCCAGUGUGUGCAGUCCUUCAUUCUCAUUUGAUAAGAGGAAGGGAAAUUAAGAAGGUGUUCCAGUCUGGACAAGGCUGCAAAAUAAAGCUGGGUGCUAUGACCUGGGAAAGCCCAGUACAGGAAUCCUAUAUUGAGCUGAUGACUACCCUCCCUGAGAUGCACAUUGUGAUCACUGUAGAUAUAAGCUCAACUAUCAAACUGUGGGACUGUCACAACAGUGAUGCUCUGGCAACUAAGAGCAUUUUCUCUCUGUGUCAAAUACUGAAAGCUGUGUUUACAAAGGAUGGCCCAAUUGUCUUGGUAGGUGAUACCUCGGGAAACCUCUACAUCUUUAGGAUUCCCGACUUAUACCCCAUUUCCAGAUUCAAUGUAUUCCCAUACGCUUUUGAUGAACUCCGGUGCUCUCCUCAGAAGAAAUCGGUCUUUCUGAAUUUAGGAAACCCACACGUCUUGACAAAGGUCGUUUACAUGAACAGCUUACUGAGGCCAUCAGAAUUCUCUGCGCCAGUGUCUACCAUUCUCAAAUUUCCAUUAUGCCAAGGAGCAAUGGGGUCCUUCUGGACCCCAAGAAGGGAAGACAGGAUAACCUUGAUGUCCAGAAAAAUAUUCUCAAACUCCACAAAAUUUGACACAUUUGAUAUGAAGCUGGAAGAGAUCGGGAACAAAGUAACUAUUCAAGGACAUUUGGUAGCAAGUUUCUCUUUGCAAGACUGCAAGGAGCACGCAGAAUGGAUGGGAGUCAGUGAAAAGGACACGAUUGUUUGUUCAACUGGAUCCUCUCUCUUGCUCUUCGACAUGAAUGGUCUCCAUCUGCAGACAUUUCAGUACUGCUCAGAACAGAUCUUGAGACUAUGGGUGGACCCUGUUCAUGUCAUUGUUACCAGUAAUGAUGGCUCUUUGGAUAUAUUCGCAUGGGAGGAGAGAAGCCCACUGCUAAGGAAGUGUUAUCGACUGCAAAAUAGGAGAUAUCUGCCACCGUCCAGCUUCAUUACCAAAGCACUAUGUGAUGAUGUGAGCAUAAUUGGAGUGAUGACAAAUAGUCCCUCCUCCUGCUAUCUGAUGGCAUAUACCUUGAACUCUUGAACACUGCUCCUGAAAUGUGCUCUUGAAAACUGAGUGUGUUGUGUGUCAUCUUCCUCAAUGAUAAUAAAGGUCUAUU